AUGCCGCGCCUGCCGGUUGUCUGCCUACUUCCCCGCCGCCGUGUGACCCUGCUGGUGCUGCAGCCUGGCCAGCGCCUGGUCCACUUGACGCUUCCGCGCCAGCGCCCCGCGUCGACCAUCGCGGUGGCUAUUGCCCUCGCGGUGUUUUUCACCGCCUUCUUAACCCCCGGUGGGUAUGUGCUUAGCAAUCUGAACCAGUACCGAAGACAGUAG